AGCCUCCGUUUCUUAUUGGCUGGUUCGGAUCGAACAUGCCUAGCCUGGAGAGCACAACAACACCGAGCUUCAAAAUAAAGAACUCAUUUCUGUGCGGGAGCUUUUUAGAGAAAGAAUUCAUGAGAUUUUUUUAAUUUUGGGGAAGUUUUUAGUUGUUUUUUUUUGUGUGAAGAGACUUUUGUAUUAUAAUGGAAGUUAAGCAAGUUGCUAGUUUGCUUGUGCUUUCGCCUCCUUCUACACCACCCUUGAAAAAUAUCCCAUCAUCAGACGAUGAAACGAGUCAACAAUCGACCAUCGACCACCUACGCCAGUUCCUGGGUCAAAAACGUCCAUCGUCGACCGCCUUCCCGCCCACACCCCAACCCUCCGACUCGGAAAGCGAAGAGCACGAUUUCCCGCUCAAAAAACGUCACAUCCGCAAUGAGCACGAGUUCGCGCGCUAUUUGCAAACUUCGCCUACACCACCUCCUGAAGAACCAAUUGUCACAACAAGAACCACGUCAGUUAUCAUGAAAGCCAACACUGACGGUUCUUGUGUAUCGCUUCCAAUCCCUCAACCACCUAGCGAUGAAGUAAACAUAGUGAAAAGUAUUAAAUUUAAAAUGGGCAAUCGCAAUAUUAAUAAUUCCAACAAAGUUAUAUCAAUUUUGCCAAAAGUCUUAGCCCCAAUCAACCAGCCACAAGCCUACUUUCUAUCGCCUGAUGGUACAAUGGUACCAACCCAGUUGGUUUUAUUCACUCCUCCAGCUUCUCAGCCUCCAAGAAGGCGCAUUUAUGAGUGCCAGCACGAGGGUUGCGGCAAAAACUAUUUCAAGUCUUCGCAUUUGAAGGCCCACAAUAGAACCCAUACGGGUGAGAAGCCUUUUGUCUGCCAAUGGGCGGAUUGCGGCAGGAGAUUUUCCAGAUCGGACGAGUUGUCCAGGCAUAAGAGGACUCACACUGGGGAAAAGAAGUUUCAGUGUGAGGUUUGUCAAAGGAGGUUUAUGAGGUCUGAUCAUUUGGCUAAACAUGUUAAAAGGCAUUCUAAGGAUAGGAUUUCUUCGGCUAAGAUUAGUGUGGUUCCUAUUUUACCGUUGCCAGUUGUUUGUUAAUUUAAAUUUCUAUAAAUAGCGCGUUAUUUAUGUUGGUACCUUUUGUUUUUGUUUUAAAUUUAUUUUUUCAUUCAUAUUUUUCACAUUCCGUCUUAUUUGUAUCAUCUUCAUUAUUAUGUAUAUAAAACUAACUUGUAAAAAAUAUCAUUUUUUGUUUAUAGAAUAUUAUUGAUCUGUGAUUUUACUAAAUGGUUAUUAUUUAUUUUAAAACUUUGUAAUACGUUUGUAUAU